AUGGAAAGUGAGCUGGACGAGGAGGACACGGCCUGCGAGAUUUGCUCGUCGCCUGAGCAGCCCGAAGGCAACGCGAUGCUGCUAUGCGACUCGUGCGAUCGCGGAUAUCACCUGCUCUGCCUCUCGCCACCGCUCGAGGACGCGCCAAAGGGAAGCUGGCUGUGCCCUCGCUGCGAGCAGGCACUGCCCGACGCGCGAGUGAGCACCAGGGCGCGUGUCAGGACGCGGUGGAACGACAACGAAUCGUACGUUGGUUGGAUCAUCGGUGCGUCGCUUCCCUCUCCAUCGCUCCUCAAGAGAUCGGAGCUGCAAUACCUUCUCGAGGACGGCAGGGAGGAAGUGCGCAGAGAGCUGCUGGGCGGCGCGACCGGCGCAGACGGCGAGAGGGCCUACCGCGUCUUCUACACGAAGGACGACGUCCAGUGGCAGUUUGUCGACAGCGAGGUGCGGGACGGCACCACGCAGCUGCUGCGGCGCGACGAGGAGGCGACGGCCGCCGCCAGGCGCGACGCCAAGCCGCCCAUCGGGCGGCGGAUAGAG